AUGGCGCCCGGUGAAGCGGUGGACGACGUUGACAUCAGCAUGGAGGACCAGGACGAUGCCGAUCAAGAGCAGAGGUUGAUCAACGAAGAGUAUAAGACAUGGAAGAAGAAUAGCCCUUUCCUCUAUGAUAUGAUUCUGAGCACUGCUUUGGAGUGGCCAACACUUACCACCCAGUGGUUUCCCGACAUUAAGGAUGUGCCCGACAAGAACCACACAGUCCACAGGCUACUAAUUGGGACGCACACUGCCGAGGGAAAGCCCAACUAUCUCCAGAUCGCCGAACUUGAGCUUCCGAAAUUUGUUGACCCCAACCCUCGCGACUAUGAUGAGGAUCGCGGGGAGAUCGGGGGCUAUGGGAAGACCUCCUCAGGCGAGCCUCCGGUUAUCAAGUUCAACAUCACACAGAAGAUCGACCACCCAGGCGAGGUCAACAAGGCCCGCUACCAACCUCAGAAUCCUGACAUCAUUGCGACGCUUGCCGUUGACGGCAAGGUUCUCAUCUUCGACCGCACCAAGCACAGCCUGACGCCCACGGGCACCCCUAACCCCCAAGUCGAGCUCAUUGGUCACAAGGAGGAGGGCUUCGGCCUGAGCUGGAACCCACACGAGGCUGGCCAUCUGGCAUCUGGUAGUGAGGAUAAGACGGUCCUCCUUUGGGAUCUCAAUACUCUCCAGGGCACGGGUAAGACACUCAAGCCUUCGCGUAAAUACACGCACCACAGCCAUAUUGUCAACGAUGUGCAGUACCACCCAAUGGUCAAGCACUGGAUCGGUACCGUGUCGGACGACCUGACGCUUCAAAUUAUCGACGUCCGGCGCUCCGACACCACGAAGGCGGCUGUUGUCGCUCGCGAUGGCCACAGCGAUGCGAUCAACGCUCUCUCUUUCAACCCACGGACCGAGUUCUUGAUCGCCACUGCGUCCGCCGACAAGACGAUUGGUAUUUGGGAUAUGCGUAACCUGAAGCAGAAGAUCCACACGCUCGAGGGCCACGUUGACGCCGUCACCUCACUCUCGUGGCACCCCUCGGACAUUGGUAUUCUGGGGUCUGGUGGCUACGACAGGCGGGUCCUCUUCUGGGACCUCAGCCGCGCGGGCGAGGAGCAGCUUCCGGAGGACCAGGAGGACGGCCCGCCGGAGUUGCUGUUUAUGCACGGUGGGCACACCAAUCACCUGGCCGACUUUAGCUGGAACCUCAACGACCCGUGGCUGGUCUGCAGUGCGGCGGAAGACAACCUGCUUCAGAUCUGGAAGGUUGCGAAUUCCAUUGUCAACCAGGACGACGUCGAGUUGCCGAUGAACGAAAUGGGCGCGUCCAACUAG